AUGGUUCAUGCAUGUGCCUCUCCAUUUAAACCUGACAGCCCGCGGUACAAGUUCACUUUCAUCGCGGAUGUGGUUGAGAAGUCCACUCCUGCUGUAGUCUACAUCGAGGUCGUUGGGCGACACCCUUUUUCUGGUCGCGAAGUUCCCAUCUCGAAUGGCUCUGGCUUCAUCAUAAGUAGUGAUGGCCUGAUAGUAACCAAUGCCCAUGUGGUCGCCAACAAGCGUGGUGUCCGUGUUAAACUGACCAAUGGAGGGACUUACAAUGCCACCGUCCAGGAUGUCGACCAGACUGCAGACAUCGCCACAAUCGAAAUCAAUGCUAAGCAUCCCCUCCCAACGCUGCGUCUCGGCCAGUCGUCUGAUGUGCAUCAGGGUGAGUUCGUGGUUGCCACGGGGAGCCCUUUUUCUCUUAAAAACAAAAUCACAUCUGGAAUCGUCAGCUCCACCCAGAGAGGAAGUAGAGAACUGGGCCUGUCCAACUCCAAUAUUGACUACAUCCAGACUGAUGCUACCAAAGAUUUUGGAAAUUCAGGAGGUCCCCUUAUAAACCUGGAUGGUGAGGUCAUCGGCAUUGAUACCAUGAAAGUGACUGCGGGGAUUUCCUUCGCUAUUCCCUCAGACAGAGUCCGCCUCUUCCUUGAGCGUGCAGCAGACAGAUCCUGGUUUGGAGAAUCAGGAUCAAAACGGCGUUACAUUGGAGUGAUGAUGCUGACUUUGACCCCCAGUAUAAUCGAAGUGCUGAAGACGCAUGGCAGGUCCUUUCCUGAUGUUUCUCAUGGAGUUCUCAUCCACCGUGUUAUUAUAGGAUCUCCAGCCAAUAGAGCUGGAAUGAAACCUGGGGAUGUUAUUGUUGAGAUAAACGGGUCAAAGGUGAACACGUCAGAGGAGAUCUAUAACGCUGUGAGAACAAGCGACAGCUUAAACGUGGUGGUCCGGCGGGGGGCCGACCUCCUCAUUCUGCAUAUGACCCCUGAAUACACGGAGUGA